AUGACCAAAAAGAAGAACGCACCCAGAAAGAAGCAGAAAAAGGGGACGAAGGCCAAACAGGUCCGUCGAGAGGCCACUGAGCAGCUGGACGACGGCAAUCAGGACCAGCCCAAGAAGCAAGUGGCCAUAGACGAGAAUGGCAGGAAGAUGACGGUUAUCAUGGGAAGGGAAGCGGAGAUGGACAAGGUCUGGGACCGCAUGCAGAUGACCUUUGCCAUUCAAUCUCUGUCCAGCACGAUCUCCGAAAGGCUCGAGGGCGCCCGCGCAGCCGUCAACACCCAGCCGACGGCAAAAAAUACUAGGCGGGAAACCUUCCAGAAGGUGAAGGAGGAAGUUAAACGACUCCUUUGUCGCAUGAGAGAUGCCAUCAACGCCAACAAUAGGCAGGCUGCUUAG